AUACGAACGAUGGAAGAGAGUAUCAUUUGCCAGUGGAACGUUAUCAGAUCUCUCUUGUCCAUUCUUCAAUGGUGGGCUUUCAAUGUCACCCUUAUCAUCGUUAACAAGUGGAUCUUCCAGAAAUUGGAUUUCAAGUUUCCACUAUCAGUAUCAUGUGUCCACUUUAUCUGCUCAGCCAUUGGAGCAUAUGUGGUAAUUCACGUGCUGAAGGUUAAGCCACUCAUAACUGUUGACCCUGAAGAUCGUUGGAGAAGAAUCUUUCCCAUGUCCUUUGUGUUCUGUAUUAACAUAGUGCUAGGGAAUGUGAGCCUACGAUACAUUCCAGUUUCUUUUAUGCAGACAAUAAAAUCGUUUACCCCUGCAACCACAGUUGUUUUGCAAUGGCUGGUGUGGAGGAAGUAUUUUGAAUGGCGUAUCUGGUGUUCUCUUAUACCCAUUGUUGGAGGGAUUCUUCUUACAUCUGUAACAGAGCUUAGUUUUAAUGCCUUUGGAUUUUGUGCUGCCUUGUUUGGCUGCUUGGCUACAUCUACAAAGACUAUCCUAGCAGAAUCUCUGCUGCACGGAUACAAGUUUGACAGCAUAAACACAGUUUAUUACAUGGCACCUUUCGCAACUAUGAUCUUGGCUCUUCCUGCUUUGUUACUUGAAGGCAAUGGCAUUAUUGACUGGCUAAGUACUCAUCCAAGUCCUUGGUCGGCCCUCAUUAUCAUUUUUAGUUCUGGGGUUUUGGCUUUCUGUCUUAACUUUUCAAUUUUCUACGUGAUUCACUCCACCACUGCUGUGACAUUCAAUGUUGCUGGAAACCUUAAGGUUGCGGUUGCUGUUCUUGUUUCAUGGCUGAUAUUCAGGAACCCGAUUUCAUAUUUGAAUGCUGUUGGAUGUGGUAUUACUCUUGUGGGAUGUACAUUCUAUGGCUAUGUGAGGCAGAUGCUAUCGCAACAGUCAUCAUCUGUUCCGGGAACUCCUCGGACGCCAAAGACCCCUCGGAGUAAGAUGGAGCUGCUUCCUCUUGUAAAUGAUAAAUUAGAUGAUAAGGUCUAAUUGGUAAUUGGCUUAGCCAACGAGUACCAGGUUUCUGCCAUUUGGUAGGCAGUAAUAGUAACAGUGAUAGAUACAAAAUUAUAUCAGUGACUUAUGGUUAUUUAUUCUGUUA